AUGCAUUCCUAAAUUAAAAAAAUUUUCCAUUUAUAAAAGUUUUAAAGCUAGCUUUCAUAGCAGAAGUCUUUGAAAGACAAAGAUUAGAUAACUCCUACUUAAAAAGAUUCAAAUAAUACUACAGUUCAAAACAACAAUGAAUAGUAGUAGCAGUAGUAACUCACAUCAAAGAAGAAUUAGUAUUAAUAAAAUGUCUUUAGAUUUUCUAUUAAUUCUAAUCAGCAAGAUUAAAAUGUUAGCCCGAAUAUAUUGUAAACUGAUAAAAAUAGUAACUUAUCUCCUUCGGGAACGGGAAAUGGAUAGAAUUAAAAUAAGCUAAUCACACAAAGAUCAAAAUUAUUGAGCAAAUAAAAUUCUAAUUGUUUGCUCCCAAGUUUAUCUAAUGAAUUCAACUUUCAACAUAAAAAUAAUUUGAACGGUCAUACAACUGUUAUGUGUGCAAUCUAAGAGCAAAUUUUAGUAGAAUAAGAUUAGUAUGUUACAAAAAAGCGUAAAAAAAUAAUAUAUGUUCUACUAGGUAAAUCAAAAGAGGAAGUUAUGGCAAAAGCAUUAAGGCAUUUAAAAGAUGCAAUCCUACUUCGUCCACCUAGAAAUGCAUUUGAAAGCAAUUUAAAAUUUGGAGAUUAUUUUUUAUAUUUCUAUGAAAUAAGAUGGACUCUUCUUUGGCGUUUCUUAUAGAAGACAUUAAGUUACUUAUUCAUCAUACAAACAUUCUUAGAACCUUAGACAGAAGCAGAUAAUUUUAAUGACUAAACAACUGAAAACUAUGCCUACUAUUCUGAAAUUGUUAUUUUAUCUUUUUGUUUAAUAGAUAAUGUUCUGAGCCUCUACAUAUACAGACCAUCAAUGAAAAAUGCUAUUUUAAAAAUUUUAAGCUAUAUAUUUUAGUUUUCACUUUUUAUUAUCUUUUUAACUGAUUUCAUAAUUUUUUGGCACACUUCAUUAAUUCAAGUUAGAUUUUCAUCUAUACUUAGACCUCUCUGGCUUAUACAGUUCCAUAAAGAUAUUUAAAAUAUACUUAAAUCAAUGCUACGAAGCUCUAGAAGAGUUCUUGAUAUCUUUCUCUUUUUUAUCUUUUGGAGCUGUUUUUGGGGGUACAUAGGAUACAACUUGCUUUCUGAAUAUAAAACUCAGCUAAAAGAUGACAUCUAUUUUGUUUUUGGUAGCAUAGGUGAAAGUAUAUUAGGUAUGUAUACUUUAAUAACCUUAGAUACUUAUCCAACGAUUAUAGAAAACAUCAUUAAAGAUAAUCCUUAUUACUUGCUUUUCUUUGUACCAUUUGUCGCUAUGAAUCUGUUUUUCUUCCUUUGUGUUCCGGUUGCAGUAAUAUUUGAAAGCUAUAAGCAACAGAGAGCAUUAAUUUAUCUAAAAGAAGAUAAAAUUACUAAAGAUGCUUUGACCUACUGCUUUUACUGUCUGAUACACUACAACAAAGAAGAUUUUCUCUCUAAAGAUUAAUUUUUUAAUCUUUUUAAUGCAUAUUACAAAAAUAAAGCAAUUCGUUAGAAAAUAGAUGAACUCUACUAAAUAUUGAAUAUCGAUCAAUAAGAUAAAAUGACUCUUUAUGAAUUUUAAGAUACUGUUGCAUUAAUGAAGACUAGCGAGAGGCUUUAUAAUAAUUCAAAUAAAUACUGGGAUUCUUUUAGAAAUUUUUGUAAUAAGUACCUCUACUUUGAGAAAAUUUCGAGAAGUCACUAUUGGAGUUAUUUCAUAUUAUUUAUAGUUUUUUCAAAUACAAUUGCUUUAAUUUACUAUAGUGCUGCUACUGUGUAUACAGAUAAUUCAAGUAGUUUAGAUGACAUUUACACAAAUAUAGAAAUUUUCUUUCUAAGUGUAUACAUAACAGAUGUUUGCAUUAAAAUGAUUGGAUUAGGUAUCAAUGAGUAUUUUGAUGACUAUUGGAAUAAUUUUGAUUUCUUUAUGGCAAUAGUAUCUCUUGUUACUAUUAUCGGUUUGAAAUAUAUUUACUUUAUCAAGGAAACCAAGAGUACUAAGCUAAUUAAAAUCACUAAAUUAUAGCGAGUUCUCAAAAUAUUUAGAUCUAUAAGGUCUAUUAAGUUGCUUUCCUUUCUUAAACUAGGUGCAGAUGCUUUAUUAAGAGUAUAAAAGUUAUUCCAUAAAAUAGCUAUCUGCAUUCCAUCUGUCUGGGGUUUUGUCUCAACUUAUUUUUUGAUUAGCAUUUCUUAUGGCUUUUUAGGAAUUUUUCUUUUCAACACUAAUAACAAUCCAGAUAAUGGAAAUCCUUACGAUAAAAGUAAUUACACAGACUUUAAUUCUAUUUAAAAUGCUUUAUUGGUACUAUUUUAAGUUGUAGCAGAGAGUAAAUGGACUGAUUUUUUAUAUGGAUAUGGGUACUAAACUAGUUUACCUCUAUCAGCAGCAUAUUUUGUUACUUACCACAUGUUUUCUAUUUUCUUUUUCAUGUCUCUCAUAAAGGGAGUAAUAUGGGAUGUUUUUAAUGUAGUAGAGACAUAUUUAAAAGAAUAAGAAUAUGAUGAACUAGCAGAGUUGGCUGAGUAAGCAGAUUCUCAAAAUAACGUCUAAAGUGAAUUAAGUCAUAAACAAACAGAAGAAUUAAAUGCCAAAAAUCAUUAAAUAAAUUAAGAAGCGCUUAUUUAAGAGGAUAUUCAAUUUGGUAGAGUGAACUCUUUUCGCCAUACGAAUCUGCAUUUUGGAUAGAGAAAGGCUGAUUAAAAUGAAAAAUGUGUAGCAGAUAAAGAUCCAAUUUCUUAAGAUAAAGAUAAUUAAAAUGAAGUUUUAGUUACAGAACCUGUUGUUUUAAACUUUGGUGAAGAAGAAAAAAAUUCUAAUAUUAACAUUGAAAAAAAUAGUUUAUUAUCAAACUAGGAAUAAAAACAUCCUAAGCUAUCAAAUUAUCAUAACUUGCAUAUUAAUGAAAUAAUUAAAAAUUAAUUUGAUAUAGGAAAUAAAGAUAAGGAUGACAAUGUGUUAGAGGAAAAUACUGAAGAAUAAGAGAAAGAAAGUAAUAAUUCUAGUGAAAUUCCAAGCUUGACAAAUAAAAACAGUAGCAGUGUUUAAGAAUCUAAAAAAUAAAAAUUUAAUUUUUCAUUUAAAAAUAAUGUUCAUUUUUCAAAAGAAAAUACUAAUGAAUAAACUGCUAAAGAUUUAGAGGAAACCCCUGCAGAAGAAACUGGUGAUAAUGAAGAUGUCAUUCAAAAAAAAAUGCUUUCUUCAGAAGAAGGAAGGUUUAUAGUCAGAAUAAAUACAUUCUAAGAUUCAUAAAAUUCAUCAAUUUUGUUAAUCCAAAAAAAAGAUUAAAAUUAAAAUGAAUAUCCUCCUCAAAAUAUAGAAAAUGUGUUCGAUGAAAAGAUGACUGAAUCUUCAUACAAACUUAAUAAAAAUAACUUACUCUCUUUAAACAGCACUUCCUAAAAUUCUCCUUAAUUAAAGCCUUUAAUUCAAACAAAAAGCAACUUCUAAACACCAAUUAAAAACUAUAAAUCUCACCUACUAAUAAAUGACAAUAAUAUUUUAGUAAGUUUUGAUAAUUAAAAAGAUUCUAAAAAAAUUAAUGCACCUUUAUCUGCAGAAAGUAAAGCUAAUAGUGACAAAACUAUAAAUAAUGGUAAUAACAACAACAAUAAUAAUAUAUAAAUCAUAAAAAAUCAAAAUGGAGAUUAGUUUUUAACACUUUCAAGGAUAAAUUAUUAGAUACCUUCUAUCCUAAAUAAAAAAAUGCUUGGUUCAUUUAGAAGAUCUGAAAGUUCAAACGUUUGUGCUGAUAAAGAUUAUGUGGUUGAAUUUUAAUUUAAAAAGCCUGAUUCAGAUUUUGAUAAAUAUUAUAGAAAAAGAUCUUAGUUAGUCAACACUUUAGUAGAUAUUAAUGCUUAGCUAGAUUAGCUUGAAAAAUAUCUUCAACUCUAUGAUCAAUAUGGCUUGUAAGUUGCUGAAUUAAGGAGAUAAAGAAUAAUUGAUAAGCACCAAAGCAUUAAUGUUUUUAGCUUAUCAAAGUAGUUUGCACUAUAAAGAAGAACAUAUUUGAAAGAUAAUCCUCUUAACAUAAAUUACGGAAAUAGAUAAGAAUACCUAGAAACUAUCGAAUAGCUGCUAGGAUAUUCAGAUGAUAUCAAAUCAUUUCUGAAUAAAGUAAAUAUUCCUAGUUAAAGAAGUCAAGAAAAGGGCAGCUUAAAAAAAAAUAAAAAUCGCUUUAGAAAAAUGUUUUAAAAUUAUUAUACGGCUGAUGUUUAAAACAAAAAUGAUAAAAAUCUUAACAGUUAUAGAAAUAACAACGAUUCCAAGCAUAAUAAUUAGGAUGAAAAUCUUAAUUUUAUUUCUAUUAGUGAAUUUGGUGAUGCUGAAAGUUAAUAUCCGUCAUAUACUGCUUUUGAACACCAAAGUAAUGUAGAAAAAUCUCUUAAUAUGAGAAAAGAAAUUUGUGAUUAUACUUUUAUAAGGCUUAAUGGUAUCUUCUCUUUUUUACUUCAUCUACUCUCUAAUUUUAAUCACUUUGAUAUAAAAUUUGCUAUUUAAAAGCUGUUUAUAAUUGAAUAAUCAAUAAACUAAUUAAUAUUUGGUGAGUAUGAUGAAGAUCACAGGAUAAACCAUUUUAAAUUCAUAUUAUACUCAAGCAACAAUAAAAAAUAUUUUAUGUUAAAUAAAGAGCCUGAAAGUAUAGACUCAAAGACUGAAAAUCACUUAUAAAUACCAUAAAAUACAUUAGAUAUAGAAGUAUGCGCUCUUCCAAGUGAAUAUGGCCCUUGGUCUGCCCUUAGCAAAUCACUAGAUAAGUAAAAUCAAAUAUAUUUUAUAAAAUCUUUGUUCUCAGAAAUAGAAAAUGACGUAGAUAAAAGAAUUUCUGGUAAACUCUCAGAUAUGAUUCAAUUUAUGGGAGGUUAAUAGUAUUGUUUAGAAGAUAUGACCCAAUACUAAAUAGAAUAAUAUUGCUCUUUUAUUUAUCCUGUAUAAAAUAUUCAAACAUAAUAAGCUUAUUAAAGCCAAAAAGCAAAUUAGAAUUCCUACAACUAAAAUUAAUCAUAUAUUUGUUUUAUUUGCAACAAAUAGAAAAGAAAAUUUAUUGAUAAAAAAUCUGAUAAGUAAAAGAAAAAGUUAGACAUUCAUAAAACAUUUCAAACCUAAUUAUCUAAUAAAGGAGCAGAAAAUCUCUCAAAUAGCAACAAAAUAGAUAAAGGCAACAAUCAUAACUAAGAUGCAAACAAAGAAAAAACUAACAACACUCCUAAAAUUAUCAUAAGUCCAUCAAGUUAACUUAGCAAUUCAUAGAAAGUAAAAGCAGAAGAAGAAAAUAGAAAAUAAUCAAUUUUUUCAAGACAAAACUAGGCAAAUAUAACUAAAUCUUAUAACCAAAAAAAUAAAGUUAUAUUUAAAAAGGAUUAAGAGCAUAUAAUUAAAAUAUACAGCUAAAUUUAGUAAUUUUUUUUCACUCAUUGCCAUUUAUUAGAUUAAAUCAUUUAAAAGCUCUCAAGUUAGAUUAGUUAAGAAAUGCCUAACUACGAAUAUAAAUGA